AAUGACAGUUGAGGUUAUGUUACAAAUAAAUCUCUCGUUUUAGAUUCUUUUUACACAUAAAUAAACCCUUUUAUUGGAGUAGGUGUUAGAACAAACCCGUUAAACCACCCAGAAUGAAUCUUAACGAAAUAUUAAAAACUGAAAUUUGCAGGUUAUGUUUAGCUCGCACUAAGACCUCUUUCAGUUUAAUUAGAAACGACGGAGCGUCAAGCAUGCUGGAAACUCUAACUUCCAUGAAAAUUCAGUCCUCUGAUGAAAUCUCGACUGUCAUGUGUCUCAAGUGUCGUUUGAACCUGACCCUCGCUUACAACAUUCAACAAAACAUGUUAAAAGCGGAACACCGUUUUCGUGAACGUUUAGUAAAAAAGGAAUUGUCUCCUGUACCGGUUGAAGAGGACUUAGUUGUGUUUAAUGAAACUAUCUCAAAUGAAGUUCUCAUAAAACAAGAACCGACAAAACGAACCCCAAAGAAAGAAAAAAACUUGGAAACGAUAGAUUUUGGGUGUGAGAUUUGUGCAAGGACUUUUCCCACGCGGACUCUGUUAAGUAGACACAAAUACAACCACGUUAAACGCAAGUGUCCGAUCUGCGGCAAAGAACUCACAGCCCCCAAUCUACGCAACCACGUUAAAUCGCACACCGAAGGACCCCAAAUUUGCGAAUUGUGUGGCGUCACUCUAAAAACGAAAGGGAACUUGAGACAACACAUGUUUUAUUCGCAUAACGCCUCAAGGCACAAGUGUGACUACUGUGAUAAAGUUUUUAAAAAACGGAGCAACAGAGAUGCGCAUCAACGAAAAGAACAUUUAGGUGAGGCCAACUAUGUUUGUGACACUUGUGGUAAAAAAUUCUACUCUAAUCGACAUCUGAACACCCACGUGAAAAUGACCCACUUGAAACUGAGGCCUUAUGUUUGCGAGUUUUGUAACAGUGCUUUCUCGAGUCUGUUCGCUAUGAAGACACACAAGAGGCAGCACACCAACGAGACUCCGUAUCGGUGCGAGGUCUGCGGUGAAGGGUACCGACAGAAAGUGUCUCUGAAGUCGCACUUAAAGUCAAAACACAAUAUCGUGGAGGAAGAGACUUGCAAGUGUUCGGUUUGUGGGAAAGGGUUUGCGUCCAAAGUGGCUUUGUAUUCGCAUCAGAGGAUACAUUGAAGUGAUUUUACAUUAUUUAAGAUUAGUUUAAAGGAUAGACGUAUUCAGGUUGUUUAUAUUUAUUUAUAAAAAAAACUA